CGGUAGGUUUCAGUUGUUCCUGCAGUGUCAUUCAGCGUAUUUGUUCUAGAUCUUUCAGUUCGGUGGUGAUCAGUGUGUUGUGCAGAGUUUCGAUUAGUGGUGUGGCUUAAAAUAUCAAGAUUCAUUUCCCUCUAAUGUCCUACGGCAGCGAGACGCCGCACGUCUGGAGCAGUUCAGCAGGCAGUGAGGUGUCUCCAUACGGGCCGCUGUGGGACGCGCCGCCUGCCCCAGUGCCGUACCCCGACAUCCUGGCCUUCCCGCCUGCCGACCUUGUAUGGUCGGCGGCGGGUUGCGGCGGCCGUGCCGGCGCUCGAGCGACGCCCGUCGGGAAGAAGCCGCGGCGCCGCGUCGCCUCCGUAGCGCAGCGGCGCGCCGCCAACAUUCGGGAGAGGAGACGUAUGUUCAAUUUGAACGAGGCAUUCGAUAAGUUGCGGCGAAAGGUGCCAACAUUCGCUUACGAAAAACGCCUCUCUCGUAUCGAGACACUUAGACUGGCCAUCACAUAUAUCAGCUUCAUGUGUGAACUCCUCCACGGAUCACCACAACCUCAUCACAACCCACACCACGCGCUUCACCCACCCAGGCAUGUGUUUGAUGCUGAAGUGCCAUGGUGUGCUUGAAUCAACAUGGGCGUUGAAGAGAAAAAAUAAGGAGAACUAAAGAAAAAAAAAAUACCAACACUAUUAAAACUUUUUAUAGCGCAAAAGAAAAGCAAACUAGUCUGUUUUCCAGAGUUUAUUUUGUUUUUUUUUUGUUUGCGUAGGAUUUGUUUUUUAAUAUUAAAUAUUUUAAGGAAUCCUAAAAUAAGAAAAGCGUAGAAAAAUAUUUAAGCAUGUGACUAUCAUACAAAAAUAGAUAUUUUACACAUGCUCGAUGAUAUUACUACACAUAUACUGAUGAUGUAGUCCAUCGAACUACUUAAAUAUUGAAUUCUGUCUUGUGACAGAAUGUUUGAACAUUUUCGAAAUGCUUCUUUGUCGGAAUUACUAAUUGUUAAAAUAUAUUAUGCUAUAUUUUUGUAGAUUCCUCGUAUAGGUCAUGAAGAGUCAGAAGGCUCCGCGCUGCAUACUUUCUAUAUUGCAUUUUUAUUACCAUUCGCUUAGGGGAGUAUUCUGAUAAUAGUAUGUAUGAGGGACUAUUUUUUUUUAAAUGGGUGAUAAUGGAAUGGUUAGUAAUGGAGAUUAAGACACUUAUUGCUAGCAACAUACCCAGCUAGGUCGACCUCAGCGCGGUGCUCCUUGGAAACUAUCAUGGUUAAUUCCUUGUGAAUUCGUCAUGUUUUCAUUCUCGUCGAUCACCCUUUACUGGUGCUCCGCCAGCGUAUCCCGUUAGCGCAUUCGGGGUUACCAUUCCAUUUUCACCUCAUGGUGACGAAUUCCACUAGAAUUAACUACGAUGGUUUCCAGGGGGAACCGCGUGGAGGUAGACCUGGUAGGGUGUAUUGUUAGCAAUGGGUAAGUUAAUCACAAUCCCUUUCCCCCAGUAUGAGGGACUAUUUAUUGUUCUUCUUUUUUAACAAGGAACAGAAAAUCAGUUUUUCUGGAAGAUUCCCUUAGAAGAAUGCCAAAGCUAACAUGCAGUUUAUAAGUUGGCCCUCUAGAUCAUCUAGAAUGAGAUAGUGUGGUCUGAUGUCUCAUUACAAUUUACGGAUUUGCUUGUGAAAACGAUACCUACCAAUAAUGGAUUCGUUAGCUGCUUGUCUAGAGAAUCUGCAUUUCUUUGUAUAGAUACAAGAUUUAGAAAUUAGUAGGUUAAUUUUUGACGUAUUCUCUCAUUGAAUAAAUGCAUGGUACCGUUAUGUCAUUUGACAUCUAUGCAAUGUGAUUUUCGAUUGAAUUCCGAUACAAUUACGUCAAAAGUUAAUUUGCUGAAUUGAAUUGGCAUUUAUGAAUAAGUAAGUGAUUAAUUAAUAGCCACUUACAAAAUGUCUUCCAUUACAUUUAAAAUUAGUAAUUACUGUUGAUUACUGUACUUAAUAUAAUAAAUUUAAUAAUAAUUAUUUGAUAUUAUUAGAAUAAGUAUGUACCUAUUUAAUUUAUUUGUAAAGUUAUUUAUAGAAGAAAUAUAAAAUUUUAUUCUAUAAGAAUCGACUUCUUUCUUGACAAAAUUAUUUGAUUCGAUAUGGGAGUGGACUCUUUUAACAAAAAAGAAAUACAAAUAAAUUCGGAAGUAGUAAAGAAGAUAUGAUGAAACAUAUACACAAAAAAAUAGUAAAAAAUAUGAUUGAAUUGAAGAAAUCUUCCUCUGUCAACGUCUAGAAAGAUCGAUAGGUGUAUUAGUUUGGGGCUCAAUAGAAUUUUUUCUAUAUAUGUUUAUUUGUAUAUCAAUUAUUUAUUUAAAUAUUUUGAAUUUAGAAUUGCCAUUAAAUACUGGAGAUAGGUAACUCGAGAUAGAUUUUACAGUAUGUUAUUAAUUGAUCAUUAAAGUAAAUUAUCUAUGGAUUUGAU